AUGUCCACGAACUUUCACUCUAAGAAGCACGACAUCAUCCAGCGAUUGUCCGUCUCAACCGAAAGCUACACCGAUGCGUCGCCCAAAGGAUCGGUCGACGAGGACAUCCGCGAGCUCGUGGAUGAGAUCAAUGGGACAGACGGGCUCGUAACAACAAGCAGCUGCUCCGGACGUGUUGCAGUCUACAUCGAGGGCCCAAAGAAUGCUACGCUACCAUCCCAAUCGCAAUCCCCCUCCGAAUCCGAAAAUGCAUCCCAACCCGUACGGACAGCCGGCGGCAAAGGCGGCGGCAAAUGGCUCUUCACCUCCCACUCCCCCAUCACCAUCCCACCUCUCAACGCACAACCCAACAGCAUCUUCAGCCUGCUCAAUCUUCUCGCUUCAGACUCCAACUCGCAUCCGGGCUCCACGUCCGCGCUUCCAGCCUCGCAAGCUCACCGACCACAAUACAUCCACAUCAAAUUCGAAUCCAUGAUCCUGCACAUCCUCACCUCCACCCCUCCCACCGCCCAAAAAGUCCUCAACGCAGCCCUCUCCGCCGGUUUCCGCGAAAGCGGCAUCAGCAGCUUACUAGACGGCAAAGGCGCGAGCGGGAAUCCAAUGGUAGCCGUGCGAACGGCUGGUCUCGGGCUAGAUUCGAUUAUCGGGUUCGUGAAGCCGUCCACUUCCUCGAAAGGAGAUGCAUCGGACGGUCCUGACAGCAUUCAAAUGAUGGUUUCAGAAGAGUAUCUGCGCAUGCUGCUGUCCGUUGCAAAUGAACGAUUCGAGAUCAACUCGCAGCGGACGAGCCGGUUUCGCGAGGCUUUGAAGGCGCAGUUUGAGACGGCGCCAUCUGGAAGUCAGGAGUUCGAGCCCAUGGAGGUGAGGCGAGAAAGGAUGCGGCGUGAGGGGCUACUGAGGCGGGACUUGAUGAAAGGAGACGCUGCGGCGGAACACCGGCCUGUAAAUGGCGAGUCGGACGACUAUGGCUUCUCCGGUCUACUAGCAGAACAAUGA